GUUCGGAAAUCUCAGCAAUUACAGGCGGACAUCUUCGGGCCUUGAAUGUAAGUACAUAAACGCUGAUACGUCAACACACUCUUCUUGACCGAAACAAGCUUCAGCUGCCCUAUCAUUCCAUCUCAGUGCCCUGUACUAUACUACCUUGACUGACACCCUCCAUCCCUGCUUAUCUCACUCACUCGCUCACAACCAUGUCAUCUCCACAUCUCUCCAAAGUCCUCGUCUUUGGUGCCACCGGCGAAGUUGGCUCCGCCGUCGCACUCGAGGCCCACGCGCUCGGCGCUCACGUCUCCAUCGCCCUACGCGACACAACCAAGACCAACGAGUGGAUAUCCCCCUCCCAAGAACGCGCCGCAGACCUGCAGCGCAUCAGUGCCGACCUAACCGAUCCCGACUCCCUCAAGCGGGCCGUGCAUGACACAGGCGCCCAGGCAGCCUUCAUCUACGCCGUGCGCUCCAAGGACGCGUUGCGUGGUGCCAUCGCCGCCCUGCGCGACGCUGGCAUCCAGUACGUCGUCUUCCUCUCGACGAGUCAGGUUCGGACCGCGGGCACCACCAAGGGUGACAUUCGAUCAAUCAAACCUGAUCACUUUAUUCCCUGGCAGCAUGCGCAGGUUGAGAUUGCGCUGGAGGAGCUCGAGGUGCCACAUGCAGCGGUACGGGCCGGGUUCUUUGCGAGCAACCCGCUAAGAAUCUACCUUGAUCGAUCUUCGGAGCCUAAACAAGUCAAUCUGCUAGCUCCGGAGGUGCCGCAUGAUCCCAUUGACCCCAAGGAUAUUGGGCGUGCGGCUGCUGCCGUGUUAGUCAACCCGCGGCUGUACGCGAGUGGCUAUCAGGGGGAGCCCAAGAAGGAUGUUGUGUAUCUCAGCGGACCGGCGUUGCUCUCGCAGACUGAGCAGUGGGAGAUCAUUAACCGGGAGCUUGUUGUUGCUGGUAAGCCUGAGGUCAAGGUCAAUCACAUCACGGUUGAGCAGUACCUUGAAAACCUAGCCAAGCUUCAUGUUCCUGAUGUUGUAGCCAAGUCUCUUGCCAAGUCUAUGGUGGAGACGAGGGCACUCUAUGCACCUGAGGACUAUGAGAAGUCGCGGGGUAACGUUGAGCUCCUGACGGGCCGUAAGGCUACAUCCUUUGAUGAGUUUGUCAAGAGAGAGAUACCUAGAUACUUCGACUAGUUUCAGGCGGUACGAGCAUUGUAUAUAUUUCAGGAUAGAGCUGCCAUCUUCAUUCCAUAUAGAAUAGUCUUGCAUUCAACUAAAUAAGCACCUCUUAUUUACAUGCUUUUAUCUUGUGGUAGCCUUUCUUUGAGGAAUCCUUAUUUGUGCAUUAAACCCGAGAAAUCUAACAGUGGUCUCUACCAGAUGAUCUGAUCAAUUGAAUCUCGGUGGCCCAAGAUCAAACCCCGCCAGAGAUGAAGCCCCAUGUUCAGCAUCUACCCAAGGCCAUUCCGGAAUCAUAUCCAUAAAAGGGCCCAGUGUUUCCGUCCCAAGUACUCUUUGUAAAGCAUCCGACUGACUACUGCUGCCAAGUGACACUGCUGCCAUGCCAGACAAUGAUCCUUCAGGUGCUGGAAUAGAGGGCGGUGUCUGCUGCAAAGGCCCAUACCAAUUAUUAGAGUGCGUUGGUGUUGGAUACUGCGAGAAAAGGCCCGGUGACGGAGAGUACAAGACCGGCUCUCUUCUCUGAACUUUACGACCAGCGUGUGACGACCGCCCUGGAGUAGUCUGCUGCAUCUCUUUGA